GUACUGAGUGAGCUGAGAUUGGUCACAGCUUGUCACAUGGUACAAGGCUGUUAUUUCACACGUGACAUCUUGCUUACUACUUUGCAUGUGAUCACUGAUUGGCCAAUCAGUGAUCACAUGAUCGGGACCUCGUACAGAGGUCCCGUCCGACGAUCGGUGUUUCACUGUGUCCAGGGAGCGCGCACAAGCAGGGUGCGGGGAGGCCACCCGACCCUGCACUGCCACCGUCCGGCCGUUUAUAUGCAACAGCCGGUCGGGAAGUGGUUAAUCCUUUCCCUUUAAG